AUGACUUGGCUCUUUCCCAGAACCACAGGGGCUCUGGCCAUUUUAAUGGUGGCGGUAUUGGUUCAUGGAGAAUUGCAGGUAGAGACAAAAGGACAACACAAAGAUGAUGGGACAGCAGUGCAACACGCCAAAAGAAGGUAUAAACGUGAAUGGGUGAAAUUUGCAAAACCUUGCAGAGAAAGAGAAGACAACUCGAAAAGAAACCCAAUUGCCAAGAUUACAUCAGAUUUCCAAGCAACCCAGAAAAUUACCUACCGAAUUUCUGGGGUUGGAAUUGAUCGGCCCCCUUUUGGAAUAUUUGUUGUUGACCCAAACACUGGAGAUAUUAACAUAACCGCCAUAGUUGAUCGUGAGGAAACCCCAAGCUUCCUGAUCACAUGUCGGGCUCUAAAUAGCCUAGGACAAGAUGUAGAAAAACCACUUAUACUAACUGUCAAAAUUUUAGAUGUUAAUGAUAAUGCUCCAGUAUUUUCACAAAGCGUAUUCAUGGGUGAAAUUGAAGAAAAUAGUGCUUCAAACUCACUGGUGAUGAUACUAAAUGCCACAGAUGCAGAUGAACCAAACCAUUUGAAUUCUAAAAUUGCCUUCAAAAUUGUCUCUCAGGAACCUGCAGGCACACCCAUGUUCCUCAUAAGCAGAAACACUGGGGAAGUCCAUACUUUGACCAAUGCUCUUGACCGAGAGCAAGUUAGCAGCUAUCGUCUGGUUGUGAGCGGUGCAGACAGAGACGGAGAAGGACUAUCGACUCAAUGUGAAUGUAGCAUUAGAGUGAAAGACGUCAAUGAUAACUUCCCAAUGCUUAAGGACUCUCAGUAUUCAGCACGAAUUGAGGAAAAUACUUUAAGUUCUGAGUUACUUCGAUUUCAAGUAAUAGAUUGGGAUGAAGAAUACACAGAUAAUUGGCUUGCUGUGUAUUUCUUCACCUCUGGCAAUGAAGGGAAUUGGUUUGAAAUACAAACCGAUCCCAGAACUAAUGAAGGCAUUCUGAAGGUGGUUAAGGCUCUAGAUUAUGAACAGCUACAAAGUGUGCAAUUUAGUAUUGCUGUCAAAAACAAAGCUGAAUUUCACCAAUCAGUAAUCUCUCAAUAUCAAGUUCAGCCAAGCAAAGUCACAAUUGAGGUAACAAAUGUCAAAGAAGGAUUUACAUUCCGUCCCACUUCCAAGACAUUUACUGUGCAAAAAGGCAUAAGUAGUAAAAAACUGGUUGAUUACAUCGUGGGAACAUAUCAAGCCAUUGAUGAAGACACUGGCAAAGCUGCCUCUUAUGUCAAAUACGUUAUGGGACGCAAUGAUGGUGGUUUGCUAACUAUUGAUUCAAAAACUGCCCAAAUCAAAUUUGCCAAAAACUUAGAUCGGGAUUCUACUUUCAUAGUUAACAAAACAAUCACAGCUGAGGUUCUGGCCAUAGAUGAAAACACGGGUAAAACUUCUACAGGCACCAUAUAUGUUGAAGUUCCCGAUUUUGAUGAAAAUUGUCCAACAGUUUUCCUCGAAAAGGAAGUAAUUUGUAGCUCCUCAUCUUCCGUGGUUGUCUCAGCUAGAGCACUGAAUAAUAAGUAUGUUACCCCCUACACAUUUUCACUGGAUGAGCAAUCUCUAAAGCUGCCAGUUGAGUGGAGGAUCACAACACUCAAUGCUACCUCGGCACUCCUGAGAGCUCAGAAAGAGUUAUCUCCUGGAGAGCACAGUAUCUCCCUCAUAGUUACGGACAGUCAGAACAGGCGGUGCGAGACACCAGAGAGCUUGACUCUGAAGGUCUGCCAGUGUGACGACAGGAGCACCUGUAGAACUUCUCCCACAGACAAAGAACCUGGGAGCACGUAUGGAGAGCUGGAUUCAGGGAGGCUGGGUCCCGCUGCCAUCGGCCUGCUCCUCCUGGGUCUCCUGCUGUUGCUGUUGGCUCCCCUCCUGCUGCUGACCUGUGACUGUGGGACAGGUCCUAUUGGGGGAGGGACAGGUGGUUUUAUUCCAGUUCCCGAUGGUUCAGAAGGAACAAUUCAUCAGUGGGGAAUCGAAGGAGCCCAUCCUGAAGACAAGGAAAUUACAAAUAUUUGUGUGCCAUCUGUAACAGCCAAUGGAGCUGAUUUCAUGGAAAAUUCUGAAGUUUGUACAAACAUGUAUGCCGGAGGGACAGUGGUGGAAGGAGCUUCAGGAAUGGAACUGACCACAAAGCUUGGAGCAGCUGCUGGAUCCAGAGCUGCUGCAGGAUUUGCACUUGGAGCGGCUGCUGGAUCCAGAGCUGCUGCAGGAUUUGCAGCAGGGGCAGCCACUGGACUUGGCCCCUGCCCUGUGGGGCAAUCUGGAACUAUGAGAACAAGGCAUUCCACUGGAGGAACCAGCAAGGACUAUGCUGAAGGGACAGUAAGCAUGAAUUUCCUGGAGUCCUACUUUUCUCAGAAAGCCUUUGCCUGUGCAGAGGAAGACGAUGGCCAGGAAGCCAAUGACUGCUUGUUGAUCUAUGACAGUGAAGGUGUAGAUGCCUCUGGGUCCCCUGUGGGCUCCCUGGGUUGUUGCAGUUUUAUUGUUGAUGACUUGGAUGACAGCCUCUUGGACUCACUUGGCCCCAAAUUUAAAAAGCUUGCAGAGAUAACCCUCGGUAUUGAUGACGAAGCCAGGCAAGCUCAGCCACCCCCUAAAAUCGGCGGUUCUGGGAUUGACUCAUGUGGCCACUCCAUAGGAGUUCAGCAGUCAGGAUCUGGUAGGUGCCAGAUUUUGCCAGGCAGUCAAGGGUCUAUUUUGCCAGGCAGUCAAGGGUCUGUCCAGCCAGCCAUUUCCAUCCCUGACCCUCUGCUGUAUGGUAACUAUUUGGUAAAGGAGACUUACUCAGCUUCUGGUUCCUUCGCGCAACCCUCCACUGCAGUCGUUGAUCCAAUUCUCACACAAAAUGUAAUAAUGACUGAAAGGGUGAUCUGUCCCACUUCCAGUGUUCCUGGCAACCUAACUUGUCCAACAGAGCUACUAGGGUCACACAAUAUGCUCUGUACAGAAGAUCCUCAUUCCCAUCUGAUAUGACCAGAAUGAACUGGAAUUACAUACUGGUCGAAUCUGGAUAUUUGGACCAAAUUAUUCAAAAUAGCAUAACAAAGCUCACUGUAUUGUGCUAAUUUGGCACUUAUUAG